AUGUUGUGGGUAGAUUACCUAUUUGGAGUGGAACAAGCAAACGAUGUUGAUAGUCUCCGUCCAGCGGAGCAGUAUAACGAUGCUAAUGGUACAGCACGUGCAUCAGCUGCUUCUAAAGUGCGCAUUAAUCGUGUAGCAUGUGCCGAAAUGGCUGCCAAACUCAUCACCGUUUCUCGGUUGCAAUUCAUAGAUCCAAGCGAUGAGGACAGAAGAAACAGCGAAUUUGAUGCGCAGUAA